AUGGAUCCCUUGCGCCGUCGCACCCCGUUUGGUUCUGAGCGACAGAGUAUGAUGCGUCAACCCUCUGCUGAAGACCUUGAUGCGGCUCAUCAACUUGUGUCUUCCGCUCUUGGAGAACGCCACGGUUCCCAUGUAACCCAUGAAAACCAUGCGAGUGAUGUCGCCUCCGACAGCCCUCCCGUGGGUCAAGCCGAUUCCAGACCAGAGCCCUGUGAACCACCACCAUCGUCCUCAGCUGAACAUCCUGGACCGAGAGAGGAUGCGUCGGCACAGGGCCAAGUCUGCAGCAAUUGCGGGACGACUAAGACGCCGUUAUGGCGACGGUCUCCCACAGGGCAUACCAUCUGUAAUGCUUGUGGACUUUACCUCAAGUCGCGCAACGUCCCCAGGCCUACAAAAAGCAAGCAUCCAAAGUCAGCCGCCGCCGCUGACAGCCCUCGCCAGAGAACCACGACAUCCCCGGCCGCGUCGACAACAUCGGCAUCAGCGCAAAGUCAACCCUCGAGCAUCCCGUACCGAGUUCCAGAGCACACCACCGGUACAUGUCCAGGUAGGGGAGAAUGCAAUGGGGCAGGCGGGGCUGAGGGCUGUGGAGGAUGCCCUGCGUACAACAACAGAGUCGCGAGAACCGCCACCAACACAUCCUCUCUAGCCAACUUACUACUCGAUGACGGGAACGACGCAAAGAGUGAGGUUGGUCCGGGAACCAGUCCAAGUGCAUCAAAUCCUGCGCCACAGCCACGGGCAUCUCCCGGACAUGUAGCCUUGGUCGUUGCGUGCAAGAAUUGCGGAACAACAGUGACUCCUCUGUGGCGGCGGGAUGAACAAGGCCAUCCCAUAUGUAAUGCAUGCGGCUUGUAUCACAAAUUACAUGGUUCGCAUCGGCCGGUGGAAAUGAAGAAGUCAACAAUCAAGAGGCGGAAGAGGGUUGUACCAGCACACCCAGAUGUUCUCAGACCGGUCUCCAUUACUUCUCAACAGCAACAGUCGACGUCGCCAGAAUCCACCCCACCAGCAGAAGCCAGAGAGCAAAUGUCUACAGACGUUUCACCUGCACCAAAGAGGAGACGGCCGCCUCCGACGGUGGAUUAUACCGGAUACGUGCCGCAAACAGCCGUGAAUGAGGCCCAGCGCACCGCCCGUGACACGAAUGAAGACUAUGCCAUUCAUCUUCAACGGGCAGCGGCAGCAGCAGGAGGUAUGCAACUUGACCCCGCACUAGUGGAGGCCGGUCGUCGUCAGCAGGAAGAUGACGCUACAGCGACGCAGCAACCCGAAGAUCAUAGAAAAGGUGCGACUGGGCAAGAUCGAAUAGCCUGGAGAGCGGAAAGAAGAGCCCAGCUUAUGCGUGAGGCGGAAGUUAUGAGGGCGGCGCUACGUGCAAAAGAACGGGAGAUCGAUGAUCUUACUUGA